UUCCCUGAGCGGAUGUUGAUUCGGAAACGCUGUUGGAGCGGCUGAGUUUUCCUCAAAACUAGCUUAAUGACUAAAUAUCUCUGAUAACACAGCGUACAACUUUUGCCUCAGGUUCUGAGCUAAUAUUAUAUUUACAGUUAGAGCUAACCCUCGCAUCUGGUCAUGACGUUAUAUCUGCGCAUUCCUUGAGGAAAGGACCGGACCGAGCAGGAUGCCAGCGUGUGUGUCGUCGGCAAAACACACUGCAGGACAUUAGCUUGUUAGCUUAAACAGCCAGUGAAGUGUUAGUAUGUGGCUCGAGUUUCCCUCUUUAUGCUCGUACUCGAUGUAAAUAACCUCUGCGCAAUGGACACCGGGGCAAUAGUGAUCCGUAUAAAGACGCCGGCGGGGGACAUGGACUCGGCGGUUGACUGUCCAUCGCUUCUGAACUUCAACGACUUGCUGGUUGCAAUCCGAGAUGUCAUGCCUGAAUCCACUGUCACCGCCUUUGAAUAUGAAGACGAGGUGGGAGACAGAAUCACUGUAAGAAGUGAUGAAGAACUGAAAGCCAUGUUGUCAUAUUACUUCAACACGAUGAACGAACAACGCAUCAACGGGCUGCUGCCGGACCCUCUGCAGAUCUUUCCGCGAGCCGGCAAGACUCCAGGGAUCCGGAACAUACAUGGCCUGAAGGUGAAUACGAGACCUAACCCAGCCAAUGAAUGCCCUCAUGCCAUCCCAGACUCCAUGGCCAACAACAGCCUAAAAAAGUCUUCUGCGGAGCUGAACAGGAUCCUGACCAAUGGGCAGAUAAAUGCUCAAGAUAUCCACUAUCAAGAGCAGCUUGGCCAUGGAAACGGAGGCACGGUUUACAAAGCGUACCAUCUUCUGGGCAAGUGGGUCUUAGCCGUCAAGGUCAUUCCCCUGGAUAUCACGGUGGAAUUACAGAAGCAGAUCAUGUCGGAAUUAGAAAUUCUCUACAAGUGCGACUCCCCCUACAUCAUCACUUUCUUCAGUGCCUUUUUUGUCGAGAACAGGAUAUCCAUAUGCACGGAAUUCAUGGACGGAGGUUCUCUGGACGUUUACAAAAGCGUUCCAGAGCACGUGCUGGGGAGGAUCGCAGUGGCGGUAGUCGAAGGCCUGACAUAUCUGUGGAGCCUGAAGAUACUUCACAGAGAUGUCAAGCCUUCCAAUAUGCUGGUGAACACCCGAGGACAAGUCAAGCUCUGUGACUUUGGUGUCAGCACACAGUUGGUGAACUCUAUUGCCAAAACGUACGUGGGAACUAACGCGUACAUGGCGCCAGAAAGGAUAUCAGGAGAGCAGUAUGGUAUCCACGCAGAUGUCUGGAGUGUGGGAAUCUCCUUCAUGGAGUUGGCGCUAGGCAUGUUCCCCUAUCCACAGAUUCAGAAAAAUCAAGGAUCUUUAAUGCCUCUCCAGUUACUGCAAUGCAUCGUUGAUGAGGAUCCUCCAGUGCUUCCUGUCAGCGAGUUCAGUGAGAAGUUCGUUCACUUCAUCACUCAGUGUAUGCGGCGGCAACCCAAAGAAAGGCCGGCCCCGAAUAACCUCAUGGACCACUCCUUCAUCAUCCAGUUUAACGACGGCAACGCGGAGGUGGUGUCCAUGUGGGUGUGCCGCUGUCUGGAGGAGAGACGAGCUCAGCAGCCUCAGUGACACGUCUGACGUCCUCCCGCCGCGAUGGACCGGGUCGUUUUCAUCUUAUCUCACACUUCUCACAGGCGUCCGGGUCCAGUCCGUCCAUAGGCACUGUACAACGUGACUGUAUGGACAAAAGUCCCCGUUACGAGCUUUAUGUGAGUCUUUAUAAAAUGUGUUUUAUUUCACAGCACUCGCGCGUCGGGACAAUAAAUGAGCUCACGUUCCUUUGAACUUCGCAAUUGAUCUCCUGCAUCCAAAAGAUGGCGCUUUCUUUUCUAACGCGGGUCUCCCAUCUGCAGCCCCGUCCACACGUUUUGUUUUUUUCCAGGAACAUUCUUCCGUCUCGUGCUUUUUUCAGUGAUGUACCCCAUGUGAAAUCUUUGUUACCCCUCCCCCCCUGCAUAACCAGCGCACACUCAUUUGUGGUUGGGGGAAAAAAAGAAUACACAAGAAUACAUACACUUCACUUAGUUAACUUAGCCUUAUAGUUUAUUAAAUAUGUAUUAAAGAGCUAUUUUAAAGGACCCCCUGGAGUGCCUUCACGUACCCCCCCCCCCCCCCAUUUGAGAACCACUGCUCUAGUGAAUGUUGAGGUUCAUGCCUGUGAGUAAUUGCCCAUGUGUGUAAGUAGUCUAUUACCUCAGCAAACAUAUGUAGAAUCUCCCCCCCCCACAAUAAUUGCUUCUUUUUUUCUUUUCCAUUCCUGGACGACAGCGUGUGUAUCCAGUUGUUCCUCAAUGUUGUGGAGUCGUUGUUGGAGCUCGGCCUCUCUCCUCGAGGAGAGUCUGCGUCAACAACCGGCCUGCAGUGGCGGACGCUGUGAAGAGUUACUGAGUGCAAUGAAUUAUUCACAUGCAUCUUUUCUUGGAUCUGAAGCGUUACACAAGCAAACCAAUUAUUUGUUCUCACUCAUCGGGAGGAGCCACAGUUUCUCUCCCUUUGAACCGGUUUUUUAACUCAUUUUUAACUCAACAUUUUCAUUCAGGGACGAUCGGUUUUUCAAAUAAUAACAGACAUUAUGGACGAGAAGAGAAACUUAACAGAAGCUAUAUCUCUAAUAAACCAACAUAUAUAUAUAUACUAUAUAUAAGUUAUUGUUUUAUCCACGUACUAGUAAAUCCUGAUUUAAGCACGAUGUGCUACAGAACACAUGAUAUUAUAUUUGAUGGCCAAAUGAGAUCAGCUGACCGCUGACGAUGAGUUGUAUGUUAACGCCCAUAACGGGUUACAUGACUAAAAUAUUAUACAAAACAAUCUUGGUGUGCAGCUGUUGAAAAGUUUAGAGCUCAAGUGCAAUUAAAAGCCAUUUCUUCUUCCACAAAGGCGCAGCAAACGUCCACUUGGUCUGUUUUUAGUUGUUUUUAAAAAAUAAUUUUUAUUGUCAUGCAUCUUAUUCCCAAGAUGGUUUUUUACUUAGCAUUUUGCUACCUGAGGAACAUUUACUUUCCUUUAGUGUGUGUUGGUAAAUCCCAAGUUGUGUCCCAGCUGCAUCCUACAUACGUUUUCAUAUAUGUGUGCAUACAAAGUAUGAAUAUUAUAUUGGCUCAUUUUUUGGGGGGGUUGAAGUUAACUAUAAAAUUGUUUGUUUGUUGUUGUUUUUUUAGACAAACACCUGAAAUUGAGGCUCAGUCUUUUUACUUGGAUGUAAAUACAUAAACUUUGACCUUAACUUUUUAGGACUGUGCAAGAGGCCGUUUGUUUUCAUAAAGAAAUGAAUGUCACAAAAGAUGUCCCAGUGGCAUCUUUACAUUAUACCUUUUUAUAUACAUAUGUACAGUAUAUUGUUAAUUAGAUGAACCUAACUGUCCCAUUCUACUGUGGUAAGGACACAUCUGUGAGACGUCCACCCCAUAUUAAGUUGGCCUUAAAUGUAACUGAAGCUAUGAAUACGUGUCAGUCUAGUAAAACAAGCAACGGGUGUUAAAUAUUAAAUGAUUUUUUGCAAAUCAAAUGAAACCAAAAAGUUUUUCGUUUUUUUCUUGUGAGCCGAUGUGCCGUUUCCAAAGAGCUCAGACCUGUCUCUAAAGGUUUUGAAAUGUACUCAUUGCCUGUGUUUUUAAAUAUGGAUCUACAGUAUCAGUGGAAAUAUUUAUAGUUUUUUUACUUUCAGCUUGACUUGUUGGUUUUUUUUUAUGUUUUUGACAAACCACGAAACAUUAAGUCAGUGAUGGGACUCAGCAGAAAUAUUAUUGCUGUGAUAUUACUGGCUUAUUGGAGCCUUUUCUGUAAUUAUCUGUGUUGGCACAUAUUCCGACCGUAAUGCACAAACAGAAUAAAAAGUAUUUAAACAUAA